CAUUAUCUUGCUGUUCUUUUUUUGGAGGUUUUUUUGUACUGAUUUCUAUUUUAUCAAUGUCAAACUCUGAAGUCAUUUCAUAUUCACCUUCUAAUUUGCCUGAGACAUUUCCUGUUAAGGUUCAAAUGGUUUCUAAAUCUGUCUCCGACCGCCUCCUUGAGAAGUUUUUUGAUGUAUCUGAAUACAACUUUGAUUAUGAGAAGAGUGGACUCUGGUCUCCCCCAGUUCGAAGAAGUGCCUUUUUAAGCUCCCCUGGUCGAAUAUUCACUGAACAAGAAAUGCUUGAAAGGCUCAAAAGUGUAAUGGACAGACGUUGUAGUAGAAGACAUAAUAUUUGUUUCAACGCGUUUUGUUGCUCCUGUAGGAAACAUGGUACAGUGAAGGCUUGCUUAACAACGAAAUGGAGAAACACAGAAAAGAAAGUAACAAGAAGAAACCAAUAGUACUUGCCUCUCCUUCCUUUAAUUAAAUGUUGUAGUUUUCCUGUAGAAUUACACAGUGAACAGUGUACAUUUGCAAUUCCACCUUUUCUUCUGGUACUUUUCUUGGGAGUGUUUGUUUUAUUGGAAAUUAAUCAAACCCAGCUUUCUCAGAAGAUUCAAUAUCUUCCAAGCUUGCAGCUCCCAAGGUUAAACUUAACAACCCAUUAGAAUCUUUUCAGCAAGAGCUUCUAAUAUUUCAUCCAAUACCAAAAUCACCUAAUAGGGUCUCAAGCUCAAAAGUAGUGUUGCAUCAGAUUAGAAUUUAUGUAACUAAAUUAGAUACUGAUUUUAUUAUAAGCCAUUACUGUUAGUUUUCUGAGAUGCAUUAAUCUACCAAGGCUGUCAGCUUUGACUCAACAACAAUGGCAAUUCCAGCAAC